AUGUUUACAUUUUCUGAUCAUGAGAUGGUUUUGAUCUUUGGUCUCUUAGGUAACAUUGUGUCAUUCUUGGUGUUCUUAGCUCCAUUGCCAACCUUCUAUUCAAUUUACAAGAAGAAAACAUCUGAAGGGUUUCAAUCAAUUCCAUAUGUGGUUGCACUUCUUAGUGCAUUAUUGUUGCUAUACUAUGGCUUUCUAAAAACCAAUGCUCUUUUGAUUAUCACCAUCAAUUGUAUUGGAUGUGUUAUUGAAGUUGGUUACCUAAUCAUCUUCAUCAUAUAUGCUCCCAAGAAACUCAAGAUAUCAACCUUGAUUUUGAUACUUGUUGCUGACAUUGGAGGCUUUGGCAUGACAAUGAUAAUCACUUUCUUUGUUGUGAAGAAAACCUUUCGAGUCCAUGCUGUUGGUUUGAUUUGUGCCAUUUUUAACAUUGCUGUAUUUGCUGCUCCUUUAAGCAUAAUGAGGAAGGUGAUUAAAACAAGAAGUGUUGAGUUCAUGCCAUUUUCCUUGUCAUUAUUUCUUACUCUAUGUGCCACCAUGUGGUUUUUCUAUGGACUCUUUGACAAGGAUAACUACAUUAUGAUGCCAAAUGUGUUGGGAUUUCUAUUUGGCAUCUCUCAAAUGAUCUUGUACCUCAUAUACAAGAAUGCUAAGAAUAAAGUUGAAGCUAAUUCAAGUGAGAAGCUUGGUGAUGAUGAUGGCAAUAAACAGAAUUUCAAUUCAAUGGUGGAAAUGAAAGAGAAUAUAGUUUGA